AUAAAAAGAAAUGGCUGUUGAUAAAAAAAAAUGCCUAUUUCUUCUGUAGUGACGUGAUUAGCCUUGAUAUCGACGCACUUUGAACACUGCAGGGCUCUGUUCUCAGUGUUCACUAUUCGGUAGCUUAGACAAGGUACGUAUGUCGUAUAUCUCUUCGACUAAGGCGUUUUGUGGAACCAUUCGUGUCAAACUUACUUGUUUAAUGAAUAUUGAUUAGGGCGAUGCAAGUGAAACCAUUCCAUUAUUGACAAGAUUGAUGUUAAAAAGGAAUAAAAUGGCUCAGGGACAUACAGCAAAUUUUGAUGUCGAGACGGCAGCUACCACGCUUAUGAUUCCGCCACACACUCCGAAUCCGAUUUCUCGAAAUGAUAAACGAUUGCAACGAAAUAAAUUGCAGAUAUCACUUAACAAUGAGUUGCUGGUCAUAUUUAAUGCGUUGGAAAAGAAGAUUGAUCCGAAAGAUGGAUUAUCAAAGAUGAAGACACUGUUGGAAGACUGUAGGUGGGCUACGCUAAGUAAUCUGACUGAAGAAAUGAAGAACUGGGACGCUUUGACUACAAUUCCGGAACCGAAGUCAUUUUUAAUUCUCAGCAAAAUGCAGCCGACUUUUGGAAAAUUUCUCGGACGUAACAUUUUAUACCAACCGUAUCUGGAAUGCUUAAUCGAAAGAUUUAAAGCAUGUAACGAGAGAAUCGCCCCGGGACUGAACGCCCCGCUCCACUAUGCCGUCGAAUCGCUAAACAGCGACUUCCUCGGUUGGCUGCUGUCGCAGCCAUCCAUCGACGUCAACAUCCGCAACAAGCAAAGCAAAACGGCCCUGUUUCUCCUGUGCGAGCGAUACGAGAAACAGUUGAAGGGCAGUCCCAUCGAAGCAGAGACACUGGAAAAAAUCCGGCGCUGUAUUCUUUUGCUGCUCGAUAAUAAAGCGGACUUCAACGUGUGUAGCGAUCGACUUAAGCUGCCGUUCGAGUAUCUGUUGAAUUCCUCCAAUGUGAAUAAGACAUUUCUGGAGGAGUGCGUAGCGCGAUUCAAAGGUGCCAUAGCUGUUGGGAAGAGUGGUGAUGCAAAGCAACUGUGCCUUGGGUUCUAUCAGGACUGGGUGCCGGUCAACGUCACAGUUCAGCUACUGGAGAUCAUGCUAAGGUUCAAAGACGAACAGCGUUUCGACCGAGAGUUUCAGCACUUUAAGGUUGAUGAAUCUAAUGUGCAAGACGUGAUCCGCCUUCUUCUACACAUUGCUGUCGAGCUUGAUAUGGAGCGCACGGUGAAGAAAAUCGUGGAGCAUGGUCAACUUAUCUUCAAGAUUGUCAAACCGGUAGUCUCCAAAAAACGUGAUAUGCGUGUGUGUGAACCAGAUCAGGAGCAAGAUGCAAAAACUCCCAAAUUAGUUUACCGAGUGGAACUAAAGGGACUCCUGAAGAAAGCUUGUGAGCACGGAAAUGCGGCUACACUAUCCCUACUAUUGAGCCAUAUUGCAGAUCGGGAGCUGGUGAAUGACGAUCCAAUUUUGGUGUUCACUCUGAACCGCGCUCAGGAUCUCUGGAAACGUGAUGAGAAACAAAUCCGAGUGCUACAGUGCGCCGAAUUGUUGGCAAAAGAUCAUAAAAUCCAUGUCACUCGGAAGGACAACAAUGGUAACACCGCUUUGCACACAUCGUUGAAAUUUGGCUUCAAUGAUAUUGCCUUGGUUAUCAUGCAGCAGAAGUACGCUUUCCUCGGUGCUCGUAACAAAGACAACCAAACUCCGCUAGACUUUGCCCAAUUCGAUUUUUGGAAGAUGUACUUUGAUCAAUGUGUCACAGUUGAUGUUCAACGAUCGUACAUCGAUCGAAACACGAUCCGAUUUAACCUCAAUGGAUUUGAUCCAUACAUUUUCAAGAAGCGCCAAACGAAAAAGCAGUCCGACAAGUCGUUCAUCACCGAAACGAGUCCCGUUGAAAUCAUCGCAAAGUCCAAGGAACUCAACCGUCUUUUACUUCAUCCAGUUGUCUACAGUUUCAUUCUGGUCAAGUGGCAACGUCUGACCAAGGGGAUUUAUCUCAACCUGAUUUGUACUCUCGCAACUGCGAUUUUCUUCGGGAUGCAUUCGCUCGACACUUGCAAUAGUGAUAAUCAUUCUUCCACUAUUCUCAAAGUGUUUACCUGGUUCGGUGCUGUCUACAUGAUCGGCCGAGAAACUGUACAGAUUCUGUUUCUUCGAAUCAAUUACUUUUCAUCAUUUGGUAACUACGUGGAUAUAGCAACAAUCUUCUUCAUGAUUAUCGUCCUGCAGGAUGGUUGCCGAUCGAUACUGUCUUCGCUGAUCGUUAUAGGCUUCGCUCUUCAACUUACUGUACUCAUAGGAGCACUGCCGUUCAACACUCUUUCCACUUACAUGCAUAUGUUCAAAACCGUAUCGGUGAACUUCGUGAAGAGUUUUCUGCUCUUCAUCCCACUACUUGGAGCCUUCACGUAUAGCUUCUUCCUGUCCUAUAAUGACCGAACUAUACCUCGCAACGCUACGGAGGAUGAGGACCCUUUCCACACCUUCAGUAGUUUUUCCAACGCCGCACUGAAAACUCUGGUUAUGACAACUGGUGAAUACGAUGCUGCUGACGUAGACUUCAGCGGCGGAAGGAUCGUUAUCUUCAUCCUAUUCAUUUUCUUUGCCCCGAUUGUUGUCCUGAACCUGAUCAACGGUCUUGCCGUCAGUGACAUCGCCUCCAUCAAAGAGGAAUCCGAGCUGAUUAGUUUGCGGAAGAAGGUCCUGAUAUUGGAACGAUAUGAACGCGGACAACGGAACAUGCCGAUCAAGUUCAUCCGUCGCAUGUUUCCGACUUCGUUUUUCGACAACUACUCGACCGUGAUUGUGGUCAAGCCGAAGGAGCUUCGCAAGAUUCUGGUGCAGCAAAAAAAUCCACCGGUGAAAAAUCUACCGCAGGGUGGUCAGAAUCCUCCGAAACGCGUGUGGUGUGUCGUUCCUAUCAUGCCCGCUGGAUGGUUGUUUGAUGGUUCGGAAGAUUUUCUCGUGAAUCGUAAAUUCCUGAAAUUUCCCCUUUUUUGUACACUGGACAAACAUGUAAUGGACGAAGCGCGGCGAAUUGUCGAUGCCAAUAUAAUGCGGCGGAAGAUGAUGGACAGCAAACAAGUGGAGAUCACUUUUCCUAAGAGCAGUUUCACAGAACUCAACGAUAAGUUGGACAAAAUGACGACGGAAAUUACGGCAAUGAAAUCCCUUCAACUGAAAAUGGUUCAACGAGAAAAUUUCCCGCGGGCAGCCCAUUGAUCGUACCAAUAAUAAUCAGAAGGGUUAUAUACAAGAACGACCACAUUCGAAUAGGUUUCACAUUUGAAUCCUUUUUCUAAUACGAUCGCCGCCGAUUGUCGUAAAUUUGAUCUUUUUACUCACCGCUGACCUCAUCGUAUCGCGUGAAAUACAAGAGGCGGUUAGCCAGAAUUGGAGCACCAAUUAAAUCACAUCGAGGCGAUCUCACAUUCAACCGAGCGAGAGCAAUAAAGUUAAGAAAAAAAGUGUUCAGUUUAAAUCAUUAAUAA